AUGGGUAUCGACGACCUCCCCGUCGAGCUCACCGACCAAAUCAUCCGGCCGUUCUGCGUGCACUGCUCGCCGACCGAGACGGAGGGCCCAGAUGACACAGAAGAGACGCGCAUCUCAUUCCUCGCCUCGCUCUGCUUGCUAUCACGCCGCCUCAAUAUCACGGCCACACCCCACCUCUACCACCACCUCCUCCCAGGCCGCAAGUGGCCCUUACUCGCCCGCACUCUCCUCACCCGCAACGACCUCACCAAAUUCCCCGCAGCCCUCCAUUUCCACGACCACUGGAACGCCGACCCAUCCCACUCGUCACCCGCCCUCAAGGACUACUUCACCACGCACUUCCACGCCUGGCACGAGAGCCUCUCCGCCGCCCAGCAAGAGACCUUCUCCUGGCAGCUCCACGACGACAGAGGACUCCUCUACAUGUUCGUGGUGCCCUUCCAUGACGUCACCCUCGACAUCAUCACCAGGAUGUGCCCCAACCUCCAAACGAAGACGACCACGCUGCAUGGAGACACAACCUCGUUGAGCGCGCUGGACCUCCCCUCCCUCCGCGACAUCCUAACCAGCUGUCCGCGCCUGAAAACGCUGCAAUACGCCUGGGGAGGGUACAACGUCGGGGAGGGCGGGUUCGGGCUGGUGGAGGCGGGGGAGGUGGUGGCGGGGUACGGGCCGGCGAGUCUGGGGCUGUUUCGGGUGUCGGUGGCGGACGAGGAUGUGAUGUGGCCGGAGGAGUGGCGGGAGGAGGACGUGGAGGAGGUGAGGGGGCGGUUGGCGGGGAGGGGGGCCCAACUUAGCCAACUCAGUCUGGUUCGCCAACACUCGCGCACCCAAGGUGUGCUUCAACUUAACGUUAUGCCAAGUCAGACGUCAGGAUUGGUACAAAGUCAAGACGAAGCUCGCUCAUGGAACGGGCAAUACUGCACAAUGAAUGGAAGACUAAGGAGGGUAGCUAGCUACAAGCCGUUGUCCGGCAUUUCGAGCCCGCCCCUCUCCCAUACCGCAAACCAGGCGCCCAUCGGAUGA